AUGGUCGGAAAGGUGUCCGAGAGAGUUCUCCUCAGGGAGGGGUUGGAGAGAACUGAUAAUGGCAUGAAGCUCACAACCUGGCCGGAUGUCGCCCCAAUUAACCAGAAGAACUACUAUACCGACUACAUGAAGCGGGAUGAUCAAGUUCUAGCCCUGCGCCUUCAGAACGAUGCGACCCGCGACCGACUUGUCCAAGGCGCCAGAGACCGCGAUCGCCUCUUGUCCAAGCCUGCAAAUGGCGAGCUCCCCCUGCCUGUUCCCGAUCUGACAGAGGAAGAUGGCGCUGCGACACCAUCUGGUGGUGUUGAUCCAUCGCGCAUCAUCGUCAUCCAUCCCGGCAGCCAGAACCUUCGGAUAGGUUUCGCCGGCGAUGCUCUUCCCAGGACGAUUCCAACCACAUUGGCAACGAAAUUUCCGCAGACAGAGGCUGAGAUGUACGAGGCCCUGCCACGACGUCAGUUCGAGGCCAAGACGACCGAUCAGCAGUACGGCGAAGAGUGGUCCAAAAAGUAUUCAAAAAUGUGCAGCGAAUUGAAGUCUGAGAUGCGCGCCAACAAGAGAAAAGUUUUGCCAAAUUCUAAGGAAUUGGUCCAAACUUUUAAUCGGCGCACGGAGCCAGAAAUUAUCGAGAAACACAACGACCCCUUGGAGAUAGAGUGGACCGACGUUAAGACGCUCGAAGACCCCGAUUCGCUGGCCUCUUGCUUCAUUGGAAACGAUGCCCUGCGUGUGCCGGAUGACUCCGAUCCCAAGUUCAAACUCUGGUGGCCGUUACGUUAUGGGUGGUGGAACGAGGACGAGUAUUCCAGCCAGGAGCACCUGUACGAUGACUUUGAGACGUUACUGGACAAGGCACUUCGUCAAGAACUCGGCUUGACUACCAACAGCGAGUGGCAACAAUACAGUUGUGUGUUUGUCAUCCCGGAUCUUUACGACAAGAAGUAUGUCGAGCAAAUUUUGCGAUCUUGUAUGACUUGGUUCGAAUUCAACAAGGUUUGUUUCGUUCAGGAGGGCAUUGCGGCUACGUUUGGUGCCGGGUAUACCCAGGCUUGCGUUGUAGAUGUUGGCGCACAGAAGACGUCGGUCACUUGUGUGGAAGACGGUCUCUGCAUCGAGGACUCUAGAAUUAACAUGAAAUAUGGCGGGUACGACAUCACCGAGACUUUUAUCAAGAUGAUGCUUUACGACAACUUCCCCUAUCAGGACAUCAAUCUACAAAGACGAUACGACUUCCUCUUGGCCGAGGAGCUGAAGAUCAAACACUGUACCAUGUCUCAAGCCGACAUUUCUGUGCAGCUUUACAACUUUCACGUCCGAGCCCCCAACCAGUCGACUCGGAAAUAUACCUUCAAGACUUAUGACGAAGUCAUUCUGUCGGCUAUGGGUGUGUUUGACCCCUCAAUAUUUGACAAUAGCGCCAAGCUUCGAGGACGACGGAAACUGGUUGAGCGCUCAUAUAAUGCGUAUGAUGUCGAAAUCCCUGACGAUCCGACCUCAGCUGCCCAGCUUGCCGUCUUGGCCUUGGUGAAACCCUCGAUCAUGUCAGCUGCCAACGGCCCGUCGCAUUCACAGUCACAGUCGCAACUAGAAGUUUCGACGCCCAGCAAAGAACGAUCUCAGCCAUUCAACUUUCUCGGCAAGGGUGAGAAUGGAGUAAAUGGUACGCCGGCUGGCUCUCAUGCUGGCUCUCCAGCUCCCGAGGGAAAUGGGACCCCAGCGCCCUACAUCUUUGGAGCUGGAAAGGAAGCCCUAAACGUAGACAGCCCUGCUCCAAGUGGCUCUCGCGCUACGGGUACGCCGGUCCCUGGACAACAGUCUCAGUACUCACAAGCGCCGUCUGGCAUAUUUGUGGACUCUAAUGCGCGGAGCGCGACUGACAUCGCUGUUGAAAGAGAUGGCGUUCUUCCCAUGGCCCCUCUCGAUAUUGCCAUUCUGACCAGUAUCCAAAACGCAGCCAAGGGCGAUGAUAAGAAACUUCGUGACUUGUUGGGCAGCAUCAUGGUUAUUGGAGGCGGUUCAAAGAUUCCCCAAUUCACGGUGGUCUUGGAAGAGAAAAUCAAGGCCAGACGGCCAGAUUUGUACGACAGGAUCUUGGUGAGCAGAAGUGCCAGGGAUAUGGAUGAGCAAGUCGUCGCUUGGAAGGGAGCCAGUGUAUUUGCCAAGCUUUCGACGAACGACUCGUGGAUCACUCCCUUUGAAUUCGAGCGAUUGGGUGCAAGGACCCUUCACCACAAGGUACUCUGGGCUUGGUAG